AUGGUACGCAUUGAUAGAGAUAGAAACCCAAGGGCAAAUGCAUCAACCUCUGGGCUAAGAAAUGAUGAUAGAGAACUAACCUUACGUGAGAUUGCUGAGGAAGGUACUCCAAGGACUGAGGAGCAAGAACGUCCUACCAAUGAGGGACCUAUCUUUGUGUUGGAGAGAUUUAAAAAGCUUGGACCUCCAUCUUUUCAAGGGACAACGGAUCCUUUGAAGGCUGAGUCAUGGCUGAAGCAAAUUGAAAAGAUUUUCACAGUUAUUGGGUGCACAGAUGAUCAAAGGGUUGUGCUUGCCUCCUUUAUGCUUCAAGGUGAGACGAAUCAUUGGUGGGAGGCGACCUCUCGCCUUAUGAGGGCUCAUUUAGGAAAUAGACCCAUCUCUUGGAGCAUGUUUCAGGAGGCCUUUAAUGAGAAAUAUUUCCCUGAUCGAGUUCGUUUCAAGAUGGAGGCUGAUUUUCUAAGUUUAAUACAAGCGAAUAAAUCAGUGGCUGAAUAUGAAGAGCAAUUCACAGCUUUGUCGCGUUUUGUUCCUAAAUUAAUUGAUGAAGAGGGUAGUAAGUGUCGAAGAUUCUUUGAAGGAUUGCGUCCAUCCAUUAAGGCUCAAUUAUCAAUUCUUAAGUUGACAACAUAUUCGGAUAUUGUUGAUCGAGCUAUGAUAGCAGAAAGAUAUUUGAGGGAGUCCUAA